GUUUGUAUUAAAAUGAAGUCGUCCUUAACGUUAGAUGGCAGUGUUUGUGGGUUUUUUUUUUAUAAAUAUUCCACAUUUGUGACAGCUGUCUCCCGGUCGGAACUCAGGCAAUCUGCUGGUAGUAACAGUGUAGUCGGUGCCUGAGCGACUGUUACUGUGUGCGGGAGAAUCCCAUCAAGAUCGCCGUGUAGAGCUGGGUACCGUUCAGCUAGAGGUCGGUUUGGAUCGGGAGAGGGCAGCACGAAGCUCCGGAGUACUGUAGAUUCGUGUUUCGGAUCAGCUCUUGUGUUUUGGAGUAAGCCUCGGCCGGGAACAGUUUGCUUGUAGACAACGCUGGAGAGUGAACCGGGUGUUGUCAGCGAGCGGCCGGGAGGGUGCUGUUGGUUCGGGACACUGCCUGUCAGUAGCUGCGGUCGGGGAGCGAAAUCGACGAGGAUUUAUUCCUGCCUGGGCUAAGAGGGCCAGAGCCUAGGGAAAGCUGGAAUACGCCUCCAGUUGGAUAAAGUUUUCGUUACAACAUCAACAGGCCAGACGGCAUCACGGUCGGAAUUAUUGAUGGAGCCGGUUAACAAGUCUGCAAUGAGACUCGGGCUGGGGGAGGAUCAGUGCAUUAUAGCUGUGAGGGGCCUGGUGGUGAAGGACGGCCUGAAGGAGCCCCGGCUGCUGUCUCUGAUUCAACGCUCAGGAGAGUACAUGUUGGACAUCUUGUCGAAUCCUGAUGCAGUGUUGAAAAGUCCAGUGCCACAGAUUACCAUACCAGUUAACAGCAGGUUUCACAUCAUACAAGAUGCAGAAGAGGCUCUUCUCAUAGACAUCCCAGUUAAUUCCUCUUGCAGGAUCCGGGUUCGAGGGGACCGCACUGAAGAGCUGCUGUUUGAGUUCCCAGAUGACCGAUGUCUGUCCUUCCUGACGGAGGUGAGACGAGCUAAGCAGCAAGUUGUAUCUAAAAGCCAGCCACCCGGAAGGAUGGACCCAUUUGGAUCAGACUUUGCACCAGGGCCCAGUUACACAAGCAGACCUGUCAAUGCAGCGUCCACUACUACCAGUGCUAGCAACCCUGUCAAUGCUUUUCCAGCGGCAGACCUUGGUUUUGAAGAUAAUUUCAGUGAUGUUCUGAAAGUGGAGGAGAAGAAGAACCAGCACAACCGGGUCAGUGCUCCCCGUGGGCCCCCGCCUGUCCCGGCACAUAAAGAAACGCCUCUCCCAGUCCCGCCUCGGAGAGGGUUGCCUGCCCCAGCACCUGCCCUUACCCCUGCCCCAGCUCCUGCUCCUGCUCCUGCUGCUGCACCAGUCCAAAAAGAGAGGCACCUGCCUUCACCAGCAAAAGAAGGGCAUUUUACUGCCUCUCAAAAUAAAGCCUCCAAGUGGAAUGAUAACCCCAAUGUGACCAAUACCAUGAGGAAACUGUUUGUGCCGACCAGCCAGUCGGGACAGAGAGAGGGUUUAAUCAAGCACUGCCUGAUCAAGAAGGAGAAGGAAUAUGUGGAUAUCCACAACUUCAGGUUUUUUACGGGAACGUGGAAUGUGAACGGGCAGUCCCCUGACAGUGGGCUGGCAGCCUGGCUGAGCUGUGAUCCUGAACCCCCUGAUGUGUACUGUAUUGGUUUUCAGGAACUGGACCUGAGCACAGAGGCCUUUUUCUAUUUCGACUCGGCGAAGGAGCAGGUGUGGGUGGAGGCUGUGGAGAAGGGGCUGCACCCCAAAGCCAAGUACAAAAAAAUCAGCCUGAUUCGAUUGGUGGGAAUGAUGUUGCUUGUCUACACCAAGAAGGAGCACCGGAAGUAUAUCCGUGAUGUUGAAAAAGAAUCCACUGGCACUGGGAUUAUGGGGAAAAUGGGUAAUAAAGGCGGGGUAGGUGUGAGGUUUGUUUUCCACAACACCAGUUUCUGCAUCGUAAACUCUCACCUGGCUGCGCAUGUGGAAGACUUUGAGAGGCGCAAUCAGGACUACAAGGAUAUCUGCGCUAGGAUGAGCUUCCAUGUGCCAGGGCAGCCGCCAAGCAGCAUUGUUAAACACGACGUGGUGAUCUGGCUGGGAGACCUCAACUAUCGGCUCUCUCUUGCUGAUGCAGCGGACGUCAAAAACAUGAUCUGCCAAAAUGAAAUAAAGAAGCUACGGGAAUUGGACCAGUUGAAUAUCCAGAGGCAGACAAAGAAAGCUUUUACAGAUUUCAAUGAAGGAGAGAUCAAUUUCAUACCGACGUACAAGUAUGACCCCAAAACCGAUAGAUGGGACUCCAGUGGGAAGUGCCGUGUCCCUGCCUGGUGUGAUCGGAUCCUGUGGAGAGGGAGCAGUGUGAAGCAGCUCACCUACAGGAGCCACAUGAAGCUACAAACCAGCGACCACAAGCCUGUCAGCUCCCUCUUCAGUGUGGGGGUCAAGGUCGUGGAUGAGCGACGCUACAAGAAGGUGUUUGAAGAAAUCGUGCGGAUGAUGGACAGGAUGGAAAACGAAUUCCUCCCCUCCUUAUCCCUCUCCCGGAGAGAGGUAAGUACGUCCGAUAAGAAGCAGCUGCAGCCCUACACAAAACGUGUAGCAUUUCCCCAGUAAACCUGGGCCUGGAUA